CUAUCCCAGUCGCAGCCGGGUAAAGCCCUCUCUCUGCCUCUCUCGUCUACGAGGGUGCAUUUCCCCGAUGCUCGAGCAGCGGAAGUCGACGACCGCCGCCACUGGGACAGCACCCGCUUUCUCAGAUUGAAGAGCUCCACUCUUGAAGGAGAUUUGAUUUGCUGCAUCGUCUCCACCUUUGCGCUCCUUCCUCCUGUCCAAGCUCCUAUUCACAACCACCUCGAUACCUCCAUCAGCGAUACCAGCCAAACAAACGCGCAAAGAUGGCACCCUCGCGCUCAAGCACGCAUGGCUCAACUGCCCUCUCGUCGAUGUUCAAAGGAAGCCAUCUCCACCAUCACAACAAUGACUCUCGCCACUCUCUCGACGGCAAGCCCGUCACAGGACCACUACCCAAGCACCCUACGAACAAGAAGCCCUACCCUCACUCACCAGCGGGUAGCAUCCCAAAUCCGCACGGCGAUACCAUCUCGCUCACAUACGACCACCUUGACAUCGAGCGCUCAGCAAAAGAGGUGCAAAGCAAAUGGGCGGGGGCGACGGUCCUGUUUCUCGGGUCGACGAGGGAAGACUGGGCAGACACGACCGCAGCGGCGUCCACUAGCUCGCUACGGGUCACACGCCUAGAGUACGAAUGCUACACCCCCCUCGCCCUCAAGACCAUGCGCGCCAUCCUUCAGCGUGCCCGCUCUACCCCCUCUGGCUCUUGGCCGCCCGCAGACCUGACGUCGAGAGAUGUCACGCAGAUCGAUGAGAGUGUCGAGGCCGAGCUCACGGCGAGGGACAUGGCCGGCGGAUCCGCCAAUGGGGCGUCAGGAGCCUCUUCCCCUCGAGCCAGUUUCAGUCCAGGGAAGAAGGACAAGAAACGCUCCUUCGAAGAGGAGCAACGUCCUCCUUCUGCACCGCAAGACGCCGUCCUCCGUAUCCACCUCACCCAUCGACUCGGCCCUGUUCCGGUGGGACAGCCGUCCAUCCUCCUCGCUGUUAGUUCGCCUCAUCGUCGCCGCGCAUUCGAGGUUGCGGAAUGGGUCUUGGAGGAGGUGAAGCGUGUGGUGCCCAUUUGGAAGCGGGAGGUGCGAGAGUCCUUGGGAGGGAAGGAGAGCACAGAGGGUGCGAAUGACUCAAGUGAGUGGGUGGGGCUGAACGAUGAGAGGAAGAAGAAAGCGACAAACGGUGCUGCGGCGGAGGCUGGCAAUGGCGCAUCGACAACAGCAACGACGGGGAAGGGCGCAGAGGAAGAGCGUGCGGGGAAGGGCGAGGACCUUGCGAACGUCACGUCGAGAGACGAUGUCUUCCAAGACGCAGCAUUGGCUCCCUCCAUGUCCCGCAUACCGUGACCGCGAUCCGUCAAAGGCAUAUACACGUAGCAUAAUCAGAGCAUCUGCAUCGCACCCAUCAGGACGACGCUGACGUGACGUGACGUGUAUGCCUUUUUUGUGCGUAUUUUGUUGUGAUAGGAUAUGAGAAGCAGUGGAGUAAA